CACCACGCACGCACGCACGCACGCAGCGAGCCACCUCCCGCCUUCGCUUCACCUCUCUUUCUGCUAGCGCCGCACACCGCGAGGCGGGAGCCCACGAAAGCAGGGGGACGACGAGGCCCCAGGUAGACGCAGUAAAACGGCAGCAGGGAAAAAAGACCACAAGCGAGUGGGAGGCGGCCACAGGGAGAAUAAAAAAAAAGCUAGUGGGAGUAAAGUACUGGGAAGAGCGUUGGUUAAGCUUGCCCUUCCAGAUGACAAAGUCAAAGGCGAAUGUGCAAACCAAGCCGGGGGCACCGGCGCGUGGGGUGUUGCCGUCAACGGAGCUCGAGCGCGUGUUUGCCGUCCUCCGCUUCGUUGCGCGGCAGCAGGAGGCGUCCGCGCCAUCGGCGGUGAUAGCUCUUGGCGACAACGAGAGCAACGAGGUCAACACCAGCACAGUGGCGGCCGCUGCGAGGGCCAACACGGGCAAGAGGCCCUCCGCCCCGCUCAUCAUCCCGGGGCGUGUUGAAAAGCCGUUGGAGGCGUUUCGCAUGGCAGUGACGAACUUCCCCGUGCAGAUGGAGGCGGUGCAGGCUGCCCGGGCGACGCUGCACGAGGCGCUGCGGGACGCCUACCCGGCCAAACUGGCAGAGGUGGACCAGCUCUGCCAGUGCGACAGCUUGCUUGCGCGGGCCGCGACAAAGGGCUUGCCGCAGUUCCUCUUGCUGGAUGUCUAUUCGCUGCAGGCGAUGCACGAGGUCGUCCCGGGGCUGUACGUUGGCUCGUACCACCCGGCCUCCGACAAGGCGCUGCUGCGUCGUCACAACGUGACGCACGUGUUGUGCUGCAUUGAUGUGAGGCCCCGCUUUCCGACGGAGUUCACCUACCUCACGAUUCGCGCGCAGGACUCACCGAACUACAACAUUUCGAAGUUUUUUGCGCAAACCUACGAGUUUAUUGAAGGCGCCCUGAUUCAGCACCACUCCGGAGUGCUUGUGCACUGCGGGGCAGGCAUUUCCCGCGCGCCCACAGUUGCCGCGGCGUACCUCAUCAAUAAGCUGCGGCUGACCGCGGUGUCGGCGCUCGAGUUGAUUCAGCGCAGGCGUCAUGUGGCAUCGCCCAACAUUGGUUUCCUCCAGCAGCUGCGGCUCUACCAAGAGUCGCUUGGCAUAUAG